GUGUGUGAGUGGUGGAGCUGGUUUUACAGGAAAUCAGAGGACAGGGUGUUUUAAGCCGUCUCUCAGGCUGUCGUCCUCAUUCUGAUCUGUUUGGUCACUCAGACUGUGAGACAGCAUGGACACUGGAAACAUCGGCCGACUGCCCUCUGGACUGAGCAUCUGCUGCUCCAUCCCCGACAUGCUCUACCUGCCUGAGCUGGUGUUUGGUGGUCUGGUGUGGAUACUGGUGGCCUGCACCUACAUCGACCCCUAUAACCCUCAGGCCUACGUGAUGACCGUGUCUCUGUUCUGCUUUGUCAUCACCUUCAUCUGGAUGAUGGUCUUCGCCUGUGGAUUCCACAACAACCGAGCGUCCUGGGCUGCUGCGGACGUGGGGUAUCACGCUCUGGCGUCCAUACUGUACCUCAGCGCUGCCGUCCUGCUGGCCUACACCACCCUCUUCCUCACGGCCUCCACCUACAACUACAAACUGGACAUCGCCGCCGUGGUCUUCUCCUACGUGGCGUUUGUGCUGUACGUUAUUCACACUGUUUUCUCAGCUUUGCGGUGGAAGUUGUUCUAAUGCAGAGAAACAGUGUAAACAUCUUUCUCACUAAUGGAGCUGCUGCACGCGUGGAUCAGCAUCUAUUAUCUGACAGAUGUCUGUAAGAAUGUUUAAAUAUCUGUGGUGAUCAAUGGUGGAUGAUGUAUGAUAAUCUGUGAUAAUUUGUGAUAAUGUGUUAUAAUUUGUGAUGAUGUAUGAUAAUUUGUGAUAAUCUGUGAUAAUUUGUGAUAAUUUGUGAUAAUCUUUGAUAAUCUGUGAUAAUUUGUGAUAAUCUGUGAUAAUCUGUGAUAAUAUGUGAUGAUGUAUGAUAAUUUAUGAUAAUCUGUGAUAAUUUGUGAUAAUUUGGGAUAAUCUGUGAUAAUCUGUGAUCAUCUGUGAUAAUUUGUGAUAAUCUGUGAUAAUAUGUGAUGAUGUAUGAUAAUUUAUGAUAAUCUGUGAUAAUUUGUGAUAAUUUGGGAUAAUCUGUGAUAAUCUGUGAUCAUCUGUGAUAAUUUGUGAUAAUCUGUGAUAAUUUGUGAUAAUCUGUGAUAAUCUGUGAUAAUAUGUUCUGUAGAUUCAGUUUAUUUGUGUAUUUGCUGGGUCAGUGUUGGGGGGUGCUGUGUCCAGGUGUGUAAUCUGCUGCUCUCUGAACUGCUAAUCCUGAAGUACAGUGGUAAAGUCUGAUGAAGUGGACGGUG